AACGCACAAUACCUAGGUACCUACACUCCCACUGUAGGUAUCUUUUGGAGUGCAGCUUUAGCGUAGGUGGGGGCAGCCAACAGGCUCACUAAUUUGCAAUUCUGCGACGCCACGCUGCGAUCAACCUCAGAAAACACCAAUGCUUCCCACCAACUUGUCGGCGACUUCGGAAGAAGAGGAGGAGGAGGUGGUGGUGGUAGCGGUGAUGGAGGAAGCAGAGGGAGAAGAAGACGAUCAUGACGACGACGAUGACGACGAAGACGAAGACGAUUCGCAACCAGCGCUCCUCUCCGACGCCCAAUCCAAGGCCUCGGACGUGUCCACCUCAGAAGACGAAGACGAUGACGGUGCUCUCCCGCCGCCGCCGCUGACGCACACCUUCGCGCCGCCCUUCUACGGCCGGCCGCCGACGCCUCUCCCGCCGUCGCCGUCUCUGACGUCCCUGCUGCGGCCGUCGCGGCCCACGACGCCAGACGCGUCGGACGACGACCUCGAGCCGGUGCCGCGGGCGGCGCCAAAGGUGCCGACGUACGAGUACUACGGCUUCGUGCUGUACCUGUUCAGCUCGCUGUGCUUCCUCAUCUACCUGCUGUGGAGCUACCUGCCGAGCCCGUUCCUGCACGCCCUCGGCAUCUACUACUACCCGAACCGCUGGUGGUCGCUGGCCAUCCCGAGCUUCCUCGUCAUGGCCAUCGUGUACAUCUACGUCGCGCUCGCGGCGUACAAUACCGAGAUCAUGACCCUGCCCAUGGGGAGCGUCGAGACCAUCGUCGACGAUGCCGCGCAGGUCGCCGCCGUGGACGCGAGGGGGAGGAUCAGGACCGAGGGCAGGAGGGCGGAGGAGAGGAGGAGGAGGGGCGAGAGGGGCGGGAGGGGCGCCGGGCCGGGGGGUAGGGAGGUCGCGGGCCUGGUCACGCCGGCGGGAGGCCUGAAUUGGAGGGAUGUCUGGAGCAGGGGCACCGAUGCCGUCAUGGAUGUGCCGCUGGCUGGGGUGUGCGAGGUGCUGUAUGGGGAUGGUAGGGAGAUGCGGGAGGACGGCGACGGGGAUCUGUCGUGAUUGGUAUGCGGAUGGGAUAUUCGACUUGUUUGGUCGUGAGCGGCGUUCUUCUGAGGUGGCAUAUACAUACAUACACCCAGAGGAGAAAUCCGCUGUCGUGGACUGGAGGCAAGGUCGAUGAUAUAUAUUCCGCCCUUACGGUCUGAUUAUUUGUCUACUCAAUAUACCUUAAUGUGUACUACCUUCUCAGAUAUACCGUGUCUGUAAACUGUCUGCGGGCACCAAUACUUUGUCUUGAUGGCUUGCCUGAUACUUAGAUUCCCA